UUUGUUGGGCAUUCGACUGGCGCACACGUCUACGAUAGUUUAAAAUAGAAUGAGCCUUCGAAUGUCCAAAAAUACAUCGGACUUUUAGUUAGUCCUGGAUAUCCAGCCGUUUUGCGUGAAAGCAAAAUACGCGUACGAAGGAAACACCGCGUUUCGAGUAGCGAUUCUCAUUGCUCUCUCUAACCUUUCGACAAAAAUGUCAAACACGGAGGCGAUUAAAUUGGACGCGGAUCAAGAAUCGUGUGUAUCCGAAAUAACGAAACCCAAUCAAGAAAAUUCAGUCGUUCCUGAAACCAACAACGAAAAUGCAACUGUACAGGCCGCAGAUUCUGCAGCUGCACAUAAAUCGGAAAAUCAAAAUGCAGAUACCCUUCUGAAAGGCCCAACAGGCACACCGGAGAUUGUUAACGAAAAUAUACCUACGAAUGGAACUGUAACCGAAAGUGAAUGCGUAACUGAAUCUGCAAAGGGUAUAGUAGACAAUGCUACUAUGCUUCCCGAGAGCAAACCUAACGAACAACCGCCGUGUGCACCUGAGAUUCAACAACCGCCGUCCAUAGGCGCCGGAGAUACUUGUCCCGUCGUGAAACCCGACGAAGCUACCGACGAUCGAAAAUCGGAUAAAGAAAUAGCCGAUCAAGCGUCGACAUUGAAAGAAAACUCGUUCGCGGACGUUGACAGAAAAGUAAGCGACAAUGAACUUACGAUAUCGAAACUGAAGCAGGAAGCGCAGAAAGCGACCGAGGAACGAGAUUGCUAUCGGAAAAAACUAGAAAGCACAGAGAAGAAGCUAGCAGAGUUACAGGCAUCGUACGACGCACUGUUGAAAGGCGACGGCGACGAAGUCUUGCAUCGUAGGAUGAUGGAUCAACUAAAAGGUAAACUGAUUCAGACCUCGUUGCAAUUAGAGGAUCGUAUCCGCACUUGUUCCAACCAGGAGAAACAAAUCAGUGCAUUGAACAGCCAAGUGGCUUCUCUGAAGGAAGUGGAGUCCCUUACCAGGAGUCUUUUGCAAAUCCGUAAUAUGGAAGUUAAGCACCUACAGGCCGAAGUCGACGAUAUGGAAGUUCGAAUUACCGACGAACGAGAUCGAUACACCACGAUGAUAAAUAAAAUGGAUGCCGCGGUGAAACUGAACGCGGACCUGAAGAAAGAAUACGAGACGCAGCUUUCUCUCUUCCGAGAUCUACGAGAGAAGUACGAAGAAAAGGUCAUCUUGUUAUCCGAAGAGAAGCGAGCUCUCGAAAAUAGCGCGCAGAUUGUUCCCCAAUAAGUUCCAUUAGAAACAGU